AAAAAAAAGAAAAGAAAGAAAACCUGAAAACGAAAAAUAGAGCUUGUUAGAGAUCGUACCGUACCGACUACCGAGCUGCUUUCAUUCGCAGUUCUCAACAACACUCCGACGAACAAAACCCACUUCCCAUUCUUCUUCUUCUUCUUCACUAUCUCUUAUCGAUUCAUAGAUUUCUUUGUACAUUCUUCAGAUUCUGCUUCUUCCAAUUCUCCCCGUCGUCUUCACAUUCUGUACAUUAUUCUACCCCCAUUAUAAUUCUUGCACCAAUUUUCAGUUUUGCAAUUUUGGGUUACUCUUACAACUUGUUAUUAUUACUUUCUGCGAGCUUUAUGUUUCGGAAUCAAGUUUUGUCGUUGAUUAUUAUUUUUAGGGUUUACCUCUGUUAAGCUUGAAUUUCAAAUUUUGAAGAUAAUAGAAGGAACUUUAUAAGAACAAGAAGAAGAAUAACCAGAUAACCUUAGCGAUAUUUAAACCUAGAUAGUGUGAUUUUUGUUUUGGGAAUUUAGUUGAGUUGAGCUUUUUUGUUGUGUGUGAAUUUUUGUGGUGAUUGAAAUUGAAAUUAGGAAUGGCCUCUUACAGGCCCUUCCCUCCGCAAUCUAGUCAAAACCCUAACCAUCAGUAUAAUCAGAAUUGGAGUGGUGGUUAUGGUGGUGCUGGUGGUGCUGGUGGAGACCCUUCUACUUCAAAUUCAUUCCCUCCACAACCUUAUAACCAAAUGCCCCCAAAUUCAAAUUUCCAUUCUCAUGGUGGGGGUGCUGCACCACCACCUCCUCCUCCUUCCCAUCACCCCUACCCUUAUCCACCACCUCCACCGCCACCACCCGAAAAUUCAUACCCGCCUCCACCUCCACCACCGCCUUCUUCACAUGGUGCUCCUAUGUAUUACCCUUCUAGUCAAUACUCUCAGUAUGGGCAGCAGCCACCUCCACCACCUCCCCCUCUGCCUCCAUCUUCGCCUCCGCCGAGCAAUUCUAUCCCACCUCCACCCCCUCCACCUUCCUCGCCGCCUCCUCCUCCUGCUUCAGCUCCUCCCCCGCCGCCACCAAAGGAUGAGAGGCGGAUGCAUAGCCGAGAUAAAGGGCCGAUAAAGGAAGGUUAUGAGCAUUCAAAUCAUGGAAAUCCUCAUAAACAGCAGAAGCCUUCUGCUGUUCCUCCAAUGCCAGGGAAGAAGCCGAACGGGGUGCAGGGGAGGGUUGAGACAGAAGAAGAGAGGAGGUUAAGGAAGAAGAGAGAAUUUGAGAAGCAGAGGCAAGAAGAGAAGCAUAGGCAGCAGCUGAAGGAAUCACAGAACAGUGUCUUGCAGAAGACUCAGAUGAUGUCAUCUGGGAAGGGGCAUGGUUCGGGUUCGGUUGCAGGGUCUCGAAUGGCAGCAGAGAAGAGAACUACACCCUUAUUGAGUGCGGAGAGAAUUGAAAAUAGGUUGAAAAAGCCAACAACAUUUUUGUGCAAAAUGAAAUUCCGAAAUGAACUUCCAGAUCCAAGUGCACAACCUAAGCUUAUGGCGUUCAAGAGGGAUAAAGAUCAAUAUACGAAAUAUACAAUCACGUCGCUGGAGAAAAUGUACAAACCCAAACUUUUUGUGGAACCAGAUCUUGGGAUUCCUCUGGACCUGCUUGACCUCAGUGUUUAUAACCCUCCCAGUGUCAGACUACCUCUUGCUCCAGAAGACGAAGAUUUGUUGCGAGAUGAUGUUGCGGCUACUCCUAUAAAGAAAGACGGCUUAAAAAGAAAAGACAGGCCUACUGAUAAAGGUGUAGCUUGGCUUGUGAAAACACAAUAUAUAUCUCCCCUCAGCAUGGAUUCAACAAAACAGUCUUUAACCGAAAAACAAGCUAAGGAGCUGAGAGAGAUGAGAGGAGGCCGCAGCAUGUUGGACAGUCGUAACAGUAGGUAUGCAUAUACCAGUUGAUCCAUCUGAGUAAUUUAAAUUUUGUAAGGUAUUUUUGACAAAGAAAUUAAUAUGUGAAAGAUAAUUAUAUUUCACAAUUAUUUUUGAAUUCUCUCAUCAUUUGAAGCAGCUAAGUCACGCCCUGUUCAUGCAACCAACAAAUCUUUGUAUCCUGUUGAGGUUUUGCCUUUGUUACCUGAUUUUGAUAGGUAUGAUGAACAGUUUGUUAUUGCUGCAUUUGAUAAUGCUCCUACAGCUGAUUCAGAAAUGUAUAGUAAGUUGGACAAAUCUGUUCGCGAUGCCUGUGAAUCAAAGGCACUUAUGAAAAGUUAUGUUGCAACCGGCUCAGAUCCUGCAAAUCCUGAGAAAUUUUUGGCUUACAUGACCCCAACACCUGGACAGCUGUCAAAGGAUAUAUAUGAUGAAAAUGAAGAUGUCUCAUAUUCUUGGGUUCGCGAGUAUCACUGGGAUGUUCGGGGUGAUGAUGCAGAUGACCCUACAACAUUCCUAGUUGCAUUUGAUGAGUCAGAAGCACGUUAUGUGCCUCUUCCAACAAAACUUGUUUUAAGAAAAAAGAGGGCUAAAGAGGGAAGAUCAAGUGAUGAGGUCGAGCAAUUUCCAAUACCUGCAAGAGUGACUGUACGGCGGAGGUCAAGUGUUGCAGCAAUUGAGCGAAAGGAUUCACAGGUUUAUACAAGUUCGAAAGCCAGUACAUCAAAGAGAAGGGGUCUAGAAAUGGAUGAUGAUCUUGAACAGCAUCAUCGACACAAUUAUCAAUCUAGUGGAGCUGAAGAUGACAUGUCUGAUUAAUUCUUUUAUGCAAAUGCUACUGUCUUUAAUGCAAACUUGCUCAUCAAAGUAGUGGCUGGUUGGCGGCAGAUUGCGCCGAUGGCCGAGUUUGUAGAAGUGUUGCUGCUUCGCUGAAGGAAAACCAAUGACAAACCCCCUUUUUUUUUCAUGUUCGUUUUUAACCCAAUUCACUGGAUAUACUUUCAGAUUGUAGGAAGCUUUUAAAGUUAAUAUAGAAUUUCAUUUUAAUACAACAAAAAAUAGAAAUUUUUGAGAAACAAUUAUAUGUAAAAAUAAAAAAAAGGAGAAAAAGGCAUGUCAC